GAUAGUAAAUGCGGUAAGGUGUGAAAGGCAUCCUAUAUUUUCUAUUGUUAUGAAAUUGUUGGUCUUAGCUGUUAAUUUGGAAUAGGCGACCUGAUAAUUGCAUCGAUUUUAGUUCAAUCCACGAUUACUGUAGUCGAACUUGAAUUGUCACUGAUAAGCUGUUACAGAGAUUACAGAAGAGGAAGAAGAUGACUGUGACCAGUGGAUACAAGCCCAGAUGUUUUCUGGACAUAGAAAUAGGUGGCCAAUCUGUUGGAAGGAUCAUAGUUGAGCUGUUCUCUGAUGUUACCCCAAAAACCUGUGAAAACUUCCGUGCAUUAUGUACAGGAGAAAAGGGGGUUACCCAGAAAACUGAACAAUCCCUCCACUACAAAGGUGCUCCUUUCCAUCGUGUGGUGAAAGACUUCAUGAUUCAGGGUGGAGAUUUCACCAAAGGCGAUGGAACUGGAGGCGAGUCAAUUUAUGGAGGGAUGUUUCCUGAUGAAAAUUUUAUUUUAAAAAAUGAAAAAGAAUAUCUCCUUUGCAUGGCAAAUCGUGGAAAGGACACAAAUAGUUCUCAAUUCUUUAUAACUACAAGACCAGCUCCACACUUAGAUGGAGUCCAUGUGGUAUUUGGCCAAGUCCUUCAAGGUCAAGAGAUAGUCCGUCUCAUAGAAAAUCAAGAGACGGACACAAAAAGUCGCCCUCUUAAAGAGGUGCGCAUUGCCAAUUGUGGGGAAUUGGUCCUACAAAUGAAGUCCAAAGGCAAGAAGAAGAAGAAAGUAUCAGAGUCGGAAUCAGAUUCUGGAUCAGAUUCAGGGUCAGAAUCGGGCUCGGCCAGUGACGAGGACAUCAAGAAACGUAAACGUAGAAAGAAACAAAAGAAAAAAGAUUCCAAACGGAAGAAGAAGGAAAAGAAGAAGAAAAAAGAUAAAGAUGAAAAAGAUGAAGAGGUGGCCACUAAGGAACCAGAGAUAACCACUGUGUUUGCCGCCAUUAGACCUGAUGAAAUCCCUGAUGUACCGUCUCAGAAGUUUUUGAUGAGAGAGAACCCCAAAAAAGAUCAGGAUGACAAAGGCAAAUCUCCUCCCGGGUAUGGUCAGCGGCGACCAGUUGACAGGAUUCCAUACAGUUCCCAAGUUAAAGUGACAAGAAGUGGACGUAGAAUCAAGGGGCGUGGUACAGUGCGUUACAGGAGUCGUAGCCGCAGUGAAACCCCACCCCACUGGCGACAAGCCAUGCAGAAGCCACAGCCAAUGGACUAUGGGGACAGGCAAGAGGAGGGCCAGGGACAACGCUGGGUCAGGGGGGACAAAUUACCUCAGGGGAGGGGAGAGCGAGGUAAUCGACAAUUGUCGGAGCGUGAUCGUAACUUGGAGUCAAGAGAAAUUGGUCAAGGUGAAGGUAAUCCUCGAUGGGGACGGGAGGUCCCAAGAGGCAGAGGUGACAGAAAUGAUGACAGGUCACAAGGUCAUUCCCAUGACAGGCAGCCUCUCAGGGAGCGGUUCAAACAAGGAAAUGAGGAGAGGGAUGAGAAAAAUCAGGAGGAAGAUGAUGAUAGUGAAAGGAAAAAGCACAAGAAAGAUAAAAGUCACAAGAAACAUAAAAAACACAAGAAAACUUCCAAAAAACAUAAAGACAAGAAGGGAAGUGAUGAUGAAGAUGAUAGAAAGAAGGCAACACAACCUAGCGCUUCUGAUGGAGAAAGCAUAUCCCAAUCACCCUCACCUAGGUCAGGCAAGGAGAGCAAGAACGAGGCUGAACAUUCAGAGGCACAGCGAAAUGGUCACCCAGAUGGACGGAGAUAUAAUGAUCGCAGAGACAUCAGAAGAUCAACUACAGACAAUAUCAGUAGUUCUGAUAGAGGAAGACAUGAUCGGAGGAGGUCAAGAUCACCAGAGACUAGGACAAAACAACCUAUUCGUAGAAGAUCAGUCUCAAGAGAUCGCCAUCGAUCAAAAUCAAAAUCGCCAACUCGAAGACCAUCUUCUGAUUCACGUGGUAGAAGAAGACGAUCAUCAGAUUCUGAGUCGGAAGAGGAUAACAAAUCCAGGUCAAAGAGGCAAAAUAGGCAAAGGUCAGGGUCAUCUAGUUCCAGUAGGAGUAGGUCAAGGUCAAGAGGUCGUUAUCGUGAUGGUGGAAGACGAGGCAGGCGGGAUGACGAAAGACGUUCCAGAGUUCUUCCAGGAAUUAGGCCAGUGAGACUCAAGUCAGAAAGUCCCCCUCCUACCCACUGGAAAAAAGGACAGAAACCUUGGAAAGUGAAGCCACAAGACCGGCCACUCACAACAAAGGAUGUCCUUGGUGCACCUGACAUGAAAGAUAAAAGUCCACAGAAAUCUGAUGUCAGCCCAAAUGACAGUCAAGUGAAUCAAAGACGCAUAUCAAGCAAUUCUCCUGUCAAACUUCAUGGUCGUCCCAGACAAUCGGACGACAGUGAUGACAGUGACCGCUCUCCUAGUCCGGGGAUAGACAUGGCGAAGACUCGGAGAUCAAGUGGAUCAGAUCCAUCAAGGGAAACAAGGUCCAUUCACCUUGAGAAUGACAGGAAAAGCAGGUCAGAGUCUGAUAACAUGAGAACAGUGCACCUUGGUGGUAUGACAGAACAAAGAUCCAUCCAACUCGGUAAAGUGGACCACGAUACUACCUACAGAAGGGACCCAGUUCCAGCUAGUAAAAUCCAGUAUGAUUUGGCAGAACAAGUAGAUCCGAUCAGGGCAAGUCCUGUACGAAAGGAGUCAAAGUCCAAGUCUAGAAAUUCAUCAGAUUCUAGAUCUGAAAGUUCAUAUAAUGCAUCAGAUUCUUCUGAAGAUUCCGAUGCGUCUGUUAAAUCAGAGGAACAGAGACGUACUGUGAGAAAAGUGGAGGAACGUAUCAAAUGGCAGCCACCACCUGAUCCCGAGGUACCAGAGCGUGAUGAGAUUCCUCACAUCGUUAGCAAGCAACCAGAGGAGAUGAUCCGGACAUCUGUGAGGAUUAGAACACCCCCACUGCCUCCGAUGGGACAAGUGGCCGAGGCUGCUUCAGAGAUGGCCAGGAAGAAAAAUAGAUGGGAUGUUCAUGCUCCAGUAGUUACACAGGAAAGGAUAAUUGCAAGUGUCCCACUACCGACACACAAACAACCUUCACCUCCUCGCACACCAAGGUCAUCUCAUUCAAGAUCAUCUUCAUAUUCAUCAGACAAUUCAAAGUCAAGGUCACCAUCUCCAACAAGCAGCUAUCUCUAUGGCGAUCAAAAGAAGCCAUUGGACCAUGAACAGACUUCGUCACAGGAUCCUGUUAAACAGGUUGAGGAUUUUGCUUCACAAUCUCCUGUUACAAAGUCUGUUUCUAAGUCCCCUGCAAAGUCCGACAAAGGCAGAGGACAUUUUAUUCCCAUAGUCACAAAUAUAGAGAGUGUUCCUCUCCAGGGUGGACGAUCACUGGACCUGAACAUGCUUAGUCCUGGCAACAUACCUUUCCCAGCGGAAAAUACAGAAAAUACCAAAGACAAAUUAUCUAGAAGUACUGAAAAGAAAGUUUCUCCAGGUGAAGCACCCCAAAAAAGUCUAGAAGAAAGGUUGAAAGAUUUUACAGCAGGGAUCAGUGGUUCAAAGUCAUCGUUUGGAGAUAAGACUAGAUCAAGAAGCACAUCAACAGACACUUCACCAAAGAAGAAAUCCUCUCCUGACAGGAGACCAUCUAAUAUAUCUGGCAGCAGAAACCAUAGUAAAUCUCCUCAUAGGUCACGCAGGAAAAGUAGAUCAAGAUCUCGAGGAAAAAGCCAUUCCAAAUCACCAAUACGUUCAAGAAGGCGGAUUUCCAAGUCGCCUAUACAGUCAAGGAAAAAAAGCCAUUCAAAGUCUCCAAGACGUUCUCGUGGAAAAAGCAGAUCGAAAUCCCCUUAUCGUUCUAGAAGAAGAAGCUAUUCACGCUCUCCACAACGAAGAAGGAUUUCUCCUGCAAGAUAUUCACCAGUGCCACCCAGGAGGCGGUCUCGAAGUCCUCGUAGGAGGUCAAGGUCACCUAAGAGGUCGAGAUCUAGAAGGAGGUCCCCAUCUCCCAGGAGAAGGUCUAGGUCUCCAAGGCGCCGUUCUCGUUCCAGGUCACCAAGGCGAAGGUCUGCGUCACCAAGGAGACAAAGUUUAUCUAAUAGAAGGAGGCCAUCUGUGCGAAGGAGACGAUCAAGGUCAAGGUCAUCAAGGAGAAGGUCACCAAGGAGACGUAGUAUCAGCCCGAGACGUCAUAGCCGAUCUAGGUCAAGGAGACGUUCUCCUCCAAGACGGAGACGAAGUCCUUCCAGGGAUAGACGCAGGAGACGAAGCAGGAGUGAGUCCGGUUCAUCCCGAAGUCGGAGCAGAAGCCAUAGUCGUCGCAGGAGACGCUCUAGUAGUUCGCGUAGUCGAAGUCGCAGUAGACGCCGGAGACACAGGAGCUCAAGCUCAGAUAGUGACUAAACAUUGCCAUAGAGUGAUGGAUUAUGGAUUGAACUUCAUUAACAUAGCAGCUUACUGAAGGAACAAUUAUUUUUAAUGCUUCUGGAAAUUUCUUUUUGCUUUUAUAAAUUUUGAAGUUUUAAUGAUGAAUGAAAUGGAAGUAGCUAUAGCCAGAUUAUGGACAUAGAAAUUUGAGCUCUUCUCUCAUUUUAAUUUUUAUUAUGAUAGUGGUUAGCUUUAUGGUUUUAUUAAUGAAAUAUUUGUAACACCAGUUCAGUCAAACCGAAAUUGUACAAAUAUUUCAUCAGAAUAAAAGUAUAUCGGAUGAUUUUGUGAAUUUUA